GUAUUACUAAGCAAUGUUAAGAUCAUUCAUACCCAAAGCACAGUUGGUUACUCCAAGAUUACUGCUUGCUAGCAGAUCUUCAGUAUUACAAACUAUCCGCCAUUACUCCACUCCUCCUGAUUCUAUGGAUGAAUAUGAAUCCAAGAUUUACGGUAUUUUAGAAAAAGAAUUCACACCUUCAAACUUGGAAGUCAAGGACGUUUCAGGUGGAUGUGGUUCUAUGUUUGCUAUCUUGAUUGAAAGCCAAAAGUUCAAGGGAAUCCCCAUGAUCAAACAACAUAGGUUAGUCAAUGAAACCUUAAAAGACGAAAUCAAGAACUGGCAUGGUUUACAAUUAAAAACCAAGGCUGCCGCUUAAAACUAGAAUUAAUGCUUGUACAUAGACUAUUAAUACACAGAUAAAACUAC